AUGGGCGAGCUCGCCUCUCCCCGCCUGGAGCUCACCUCUCCCCGCCUGGAGCUCACCUCUUUCCGCCUGGAGCUCGCCUCUCCCCGCCUGGAGCUCGCCUCUCCCCGCCUGGAGCUCACCCUCUUUCCGCCUAGAGCUCGCCUCUCCCCACCUGGAGCUCGCCUCUCCCCGCCUAGAGCUCACCUCUUUCCGCCUAGAGCUCGCCUCUCCCCGCCUGGAGCUCACCUCUCCCCGCCUGGAGCUCACCUCUUUCCGCCUGGAGCUCGCCUCUCCCCGCCUGGAGCUCGCCUCUCCCCGCCUGGAGCUCGCCUCUCCCCGCCUGGAGCUCGCCUCUCCCCGCCUGGAGCUCACCUCUCCCCGCCUGGAGCUCGCCUCUCCCCGCCGCUCACCUCUCCCCGCCUGGAGCUCACCUCUCCCCGCCUGGAGCUCACCUCUCCCCGCCUGGAGCUCACCUCUCCCCGCCUGGAGCUCACCUCUCCCCGCCUGGAGCUCACCUCUCCCCGCCUGGAGCUCACCUCUCCCCGCCUGGAGCUCACCUCUCCCCACCUGGAGCUCGCCUCUCCCCGCCUAGAGCUCACCUCUUUCCGCCUAGAGCUCACCUCUUUCCGCCUAGAGCUCGCCUCUCCCCACCUGGAGCUCGCCUCUCCCCGCCUAGAGCUCACCUCUCCCCGCCUGGAGCUCACCUCUCCCCGGCUGGAGCUCACCUCUCCCCGCCUGGAGCUCACCUCUCCCCGUCUGGAGCUCGCCUCUCCCCGCCUGGAGCUCGCCUCUCCCCGCCUGGAGCUCGCCUCUCCCCGCCUGGAGCUCGCCUCUCCCCGCCUAGAGCUCGCCUCCUCCCCGCCUGGAGCUCGCCUCUCCCCGCCUGGAGCUCGCCUCUCCCCGCCUAGAGCUCACCUCUCCCCGGCUGGAGCUCACCUCUCCCCGGCUGGAGCUCACCUCUCCCCGCCUGGAGCUCACUUCUCCCCGCCUGGAGCUCACCUCUCCCCGCCUGGAGCUCGCCUCUCCCCACCUGGAGCUCGCCUCUCCCCGCCUAGAGCUCGCCUCUCCCCGCCUGGAGCUCGCCUCUCCCCGCCUGGAGCUCGCCCUCUCCCCGGCUGGAGCUCACCUCUCCCCGGCUGGAGCUCACCUCUCCCCGCCUGGAGCUCGCCUCUCCCCGCCUGGAGCUCGCCUCUCCCCGCCUGGAGCUCGCCUCUCCCCGCCUGGAGCUCGCCUCUCCCCGCCUGGAGCUCGCCUCUCCCCGCCUGGAGCUCGCCUCUCCCCGCCUGGAGCUCGCCUCUCCCCGCCUGGAGCUCGCCUCUCCCCGCCUGGAGCUCGCCUCUCCCCGCCUGGAGCUCGCCUCUCCCCGCCUGGAGCUCACCUCUCCCCGGCUGGAGCUCACCUCUCCCCGCCUGGAGCUCGCCUCUCCCCGCCUGGAGCUCGCCUCUCCCCGCCUGGAGCUCGCCUCUCCCCGCCUGGAGCUCGCCUCUCCCCGCCUGGAGCUCGCCUCUCCCCGCCUGGAGCUCGCCUCUCCCCGCCUGGAGCUCGCCUCUCCCCGCCUGGAGCUCGCCUCUCCCCGCCUGGAGCUCGCCUCUCCCCGCCUGGAGCUCGCCUCUCCCCGCCUGGAGCUCGCCUCUCCCCGCCUGGAGCUCGCCUCUCCCCGCCUGGAGCUCGCCUCUCCCCGCCUGGAGCUCGCCUCUCCCCGCCUGGAGCUCGCCUCUCCCCGCCUGGAGCUCGCCUCUCCCCGCCCUCGCCUCUCCCCGCCUGGAGCUCGCCUCUCCCCGCCUGGGAGUUCGCCUCUCCCCGCCUAGAGCUCGCCUCUCCCCGCCUAGAGCUCGCCUCUCUCCUGCCUAG